CGGCCGUUGGAGGGGCUCGAAGACGGCUUAAGGGCUGAUCCGGGAGUCCGUGAGUUGACAAUGUCCUUGGAAUCCGAAGCCCUGUCUCCGGAUGAGCUCCGCAAAAGGCUUUACCAGACUUUUAAGAACCGAGGCAUUUUGGACACCCUCAAGACGCAACUCCGAAACCAGCUCAUACAUGAAUUGAUGCAUCCUGUUUUAAAUGGAGAACUUCAGCCAAAGUCCAUCUUAGUCGAAGGGAGCUCACUGCUAAUUGGAGCCUCAAAUAGCUUGGUGGCAGAUCAUCUCCGCCGAUGUGGCUAUGAAUAUUCACUUUCUGUUUUCUUCCCUGAGAGUGGUUUGGAGAAAGAAAAGGUAUUCACUAUGCAAGAUCUUCUGCAGUUGAUUAAAAUCAACCCCAGAUCCAGUCUCUACAAAUCACUGACUUCGAGUGUUCAAAAAGAGAACCAGAAAGGGUUUCUCAUGCAGAUUUUAAUGGAGUUGGCUGAAUACCACCUGUCCAAGGAAAGUUGCAGUACUGGGACCCAAACAAAUGCAGCCUCACUUUAUGGGGAAUCUCUUGCUGAGAAGCUUCAACUCAUUGAUGAGCAAUUUGCAGAUAUUUAUCCCCAGCGUCAUAAAGCAGAAUCUUUGGAAGCUAAGCUAGCUGAAUACAAGAAAGGAAUAGAAGAGCAACUUCAAACAGAAAUGUCUCAAAAGUUGAAUCAUUUUAAAGAAGUUGAAAUAGCUAAAAUUAGAAUGGAAGAAAAGAGAAGAUCUCAGAAAGAAAUAUCUGAAUUGCGUCAAGAAUUUGAGAAAACACACCAAGCAAAAUCAGAAGCCCUAUUGUGUCGGGAAAAGAAUGCUAUCGAAAGACUUCAAAAACAUCAAGAGAUUGAAGCGAAAGAAGUUUAUGCACAAAGGCAGGAUCUUCUGAAAGAUAUUGAAAUAGUUAGAGGCAGAGAAGCAGAACUGAAGCAAAGAAUCGAAGCUUUCGAAUUGGCCCAAAGACUGCAAGAAGAAAAAAAUAAAAGUGUGGAUGAUGCCCUUCGGCGACGGGAGCUGAGUGUAAAGAACAUUGAGGAUACGUAUGAGCAAAAGCUCAAAAAUGAACUGCUAAGAUAUCAACUUGAACUGAAAGAGGAGUAUACAAUCAGAUCUAAUAGGAUUACUGAAGAAGAGAGAAAGAAUAAAGAAAGAGCUAUGCAUUUGCAUGAGGAGACUCUUGCUUUCAAUUCAAAGAAGGAAGAACUCAGGCAAGCUGUUGCUCAGGCCAGUGAGCUCAAGCUGGAACUGGAUUCCGUUAAGGCCCAAGUUGUGGUGUUGACAAAGCAGAAUCACUUACUAACUGAAAAACUAAGGGAGACUACCGACUAUCCACUUUUAAAAGAGGAGAAACUGGAGCUUCAGAUGCAAAAUAAAUUACUUAAACAACAACUUGAAGAGAUUCGAAAUGAAAAUCUGCAUCUCCAAAACAGAUUAACCCAGCCAUCAGCUGAGCAUGUGGCCUUACAAGCAGAAUUAAAGAGAGCGGAAAAUGCUAGAAAACUUGAACAGAAGGAAUUUGAAACCCGAAAACAAGUUCUGGAAAAGCAGCUACAAAAUGAGGUUGAGCAUUGUGCACAGCUGAAGAUCCAGUUAUUAGACUCUGAAACAUCUUUACGGAGGAUAAAUAUGCAGGUUGAAGACUUGAAAGUGCAACUAAGGCAAACACAAACAGCUCUAGAGAAUGAAGUAUAUCGCAACCCAAAGCCCUCUUUGGUCGAUCGGUCGGUAAUUGACUUUACCCGUGACAAGAUCGUACCUCCUGAUAUUUAUAUAGAUGGCGACGAUCUCGUGAAGGACCGACUUGUAUCCGGUCCAGUUGUUCAGGAAGAUGGUGUUCCAAGGACCAGGUAUUUCCCUCGUGCCAGGACUGAAAGCAGUUCCCCCGAUUCUGACCUUGAGUUUGUGGCUAAUACCAAGGCCCGGGUAAAGGAACUAGAGAAAGAGGCAGCGUUUUUGGAAGAAGCCUAUAGAAAUUACCAACAAAGAGUUACUCAGGCCUCAGUUGUCAGCAUUCUACCAGCUAAGACUCAAGUCCCUUCACUUUUACCAGAGUCGCUGAGGAGUGGGCUCUUGAACUUCCAAGAAAGAACUGUGUUCGUAGACAGUAAAUUUGUCGCAGAGCAGCCGGCUCACGGCGGCUUGAACGGUAUUGCAAACGCCAAACACGAUUCGCCGACAGGUAACCUAACUCCUCAACAAAGGAGAGUUUCUUCCCCCAGACGCCUUUCUUCCACUCCACUCCCAAAAGCAAGGAGAAGCCUCACUAACCAAAUGUUUUUAGAAGGUAACAGUGGAUCAUAUAUUGCCACUCCUCAUCCCAGCCCUGACCAGCCCCCCUCUCCCAUUCCAAGAGCAGCUCAUCUUUCUUCCGCUAUUUCAGCUCCCAAUAUCUCACUGCCUUCCGGACCUGUCAGCCAGGAGCAGAAAUUGGGUAAACCUGAGCCUCCCCCCUCGAUUCUCUCCUGUGCCGCUGCGGCCCAGCACAGUCUCUCUCGAAAGCCAAUUGAGCAAGAUACAACUGAAUUUUCAAAACCAGAGAAGCUAGAAUUUGAAGACCUCAAGGAACCUGAAUCUUCUCCUGAACUCGAAGGGAACAGUCCAAAGCAACUAGAAAUGGAUGUGUUCCAUCCAGAUGGAGAUACUGCCAGUGGGAACCAUGUCGCAGCAGCAACCCCAGUGCAGCGAAGCAUAAUUGAACGCUUCGUUCACCAACAAGACCCAGAAGUGAUCAAUCAGGACCAGUUGGAAGAACAGAAUGAAGAGAAGGAAACGAAGUGGGAAAUGGAACGGAGAGAAAGAGAAGAAAGAAGGCAGCGAGAAAGGCAGGAAGCUUUUGAGAGGGAACAAAGAGAACUGGAAAAGCUGGAGCAAGAGAUGAAGUUAAAUGAGAAAGCAUUGCAAAUCGAAGAGCAAAAGGAAAGAGAGGGGGAAGAGUUAGUCGACAUCACUGAAACGGAAGAGAAACCAGCAGAAGUAAAUCCCUUGGAAAAAUACAUGAAAAUAAUCCAGCAGAGCAGAGAAAAAGGUUUAGCAGAGAAGGUGUCUCACACACCCCAGAACUCAAAAAAGGAAGUGGAAGGAACAUCGAUAAUGGAGACUUUGCUGUCUAAUGAAAAUGAUGAAAGCAUUGCCGGCUUUUCUCACGAAGAACCCGACGAUUUCUGGUGAAGGGACUUGUUCCUGCCCAGGCUCUUGCUGCCUUGAAAACCACUUCCUAUCGAUUGACACGAGUAAGUCAGACUACUUAAUAAAGAUGUUUUCGUUCA